GACUCACACCUACACGAUAGAGGAAUCAAUCCCAAGAGAAAUCAACGGCGAUAGAUGAUCCAUCGCAUACCUCCACGAUUCGUCAGCUGAAAGAAUACGCUCGCAAAAGCCCAGUGCGUCUUCUAGGCCUUUCCAUGGUCAUUCUGCUCUGAUAUAAUAAGCAGCUUCAAAACCCUCACACACUCUCUCUCUCUCGCGCUUUUGGUUUUGGGGUUUCCGAAUUCAGCAGACUCCAUUCUCGAUGGGUGGCUCAGUGAAGGAUGUGCAGUCGAAGAAGGAGCUCGAUAGCUUCGUUCACGGCGGCGCGCCGGUGGUUCUGCACUUCUGGGCGUCGUGGUGUGAAGCUUCCAAGCACAUGGACGAGGUUUUCGCCCAUCUCUCCACCGAUUUCCCUCACGCUCAUUUCUUAAGGGUUGAAGCUGAGGAACAGCCGGAGAUAUCCGAGGCCUAUUCGGUAUCUGCUGUGCCGUUUUUCGCCUUUGUGAAGGAUGGAAAGGUUGCCGAUACAUUAGAAGGUGCAGAUCCAUCCAGUUUGGCCAAUAAGGUUGCUAGGAUUGCGGGAUCAAUUAACCCUGGAGAACCUGCUGCUCCUGCAAGCCUUGGGAUGGCUGCUGGACCGACCAUACUCGAAACAGUCCAAGAGUUAGCAAGAGAAAAUGGUUCUUCCCAGGUGAAAACUCAAGUGCAAAAUGGCCGUGCUGAUGCCUUGAAAAGGCGGUUGCAGCAGCUGAUUGACUCCAAUCCAGUCAUGCUUUUCAUGAAAGGUAGCCCUGAGGCGCCCCAAUGUGGAUUCAGCCAAAAAGUUGUUGACAUUUUGAAGGAAGAGAAUGUCAAAUAUGGAAGUUUCGAUAUUCUUUUGGACAGUGAAGUCAGGGAGGGGUUGAAGAAGUAUUCUAACUGGCCAACAUUUCCGCAGCUUUACUGCAAAGGGGAGCUUCUUGGUGGGUGUGACAUAGCAAUUUCAAUGCAUGAGAGUGGUGAAUUAAAGGAAGUUUUCAGAGACCAUGGAAUUGAUACUACUGAUUCUGCUGGGGCAAAAGUAACUGAAGCUGGAAGCGGAAAGGGUGGAAUCUCAGCAUCUACUGGUGUGAGUGAAACUCUUAACUCUCGACUCGAAAGCCUGAUUAAUAAAAGCCCUGUUGUGCUGUUUAUGAAGGGAAAACCAGAUGAACCCAAGUGUGGUUUCAGCCGAAAGGUGGUCGAUAUCCUUGUGCAAGAAAAGGUGGACUUUGAGAGUUUUGAUAUUCUCUCUGAUGAAGAAGUCCGUCAAGGGCUUAAGGUUUAUUCAAACUGGUCUAGUUAUCCUCAACUGUACAUCAAAGGUGAACUAAUUGGUGGAUCAGAUAUUGUAUUGGAGAUGCAAAAGAGUGGUGAGCUCAAGAAGGUUUUGGCAGAGAAAGGGAUUGUUCCGAAAGAUACACUUGAAGAUCGUUUAAAGAAAUUGAUUACUUCUUCACCAGUGAUGGUCUUCAUCAAGGGCACACCCGAUGCACCCAGAUGCGGUUUUAGUUCCAAGGUCGUGAAUGCCCUUAGAGAAGAGGGUGUGAGUUUUGGGUCCUUUGAUAUUUUAUCCGACGAGGAUGUGAGGCAGGGGCUCAAAGUCUUCUCCAACUGGCCAACGUAUCCUCAGCUAUAUUACAAAGGUGAGCUGAUCGGAGGUUGUGAUAUCGUGAUGGAGCUGAAAAGCAACGGAGAGCUUAAAGCUACUCUGACAGAGUGAAGCGCUGUCUCGUUUUGUCAAAUAAUCCCGGCAAAGCAAUUUUUAUUCUGAUGUUAUGCAGUGUCUGCUGACAUUAUACACAUUCCAAAAGUUUGCUUGAGAUGCUGUCUUAUUAAACGCUUUCAUAUGUUUUCCUGUGUAAUCGACGAUUGCAAAUUUGGGGUUAUUUGGCAUAGUUCUAAGCAAGAUCAUCAAGUUUAUCGGUU